CUAAGGUGAGAUAACGUCUAUUUCAUAACCAACAUGAGGCUGCCAUAGAAGAAUAGAUGAGAUUAUUGGCUUUAAAUAGCUGUACAAUCAGAGGAAAUCCCCAGUGCAUCUUUUCGGAGCACAAUGGAGAAGAUGUGGUGGCUUGGGUGUUUGUGUUUUCUGUGCAUCCAAGGAAGUCAAGGUACCCCAGUCAGUGAUGCGGCACAUUUCAAGACCAUGAAAGAGUUUGGUAACAGUUAUGAGAAGAUCUUGCAUAAGUCUGGUGCCCAAACCACUGAAGAAAGAGAUAUUUUCCUCACUAAAGCAUUCCCUGCAGGCUUCCAAUGGGCAACAUCCACAGAGUCUUUCAAGGUUGAAGGUGCAUGGGCAGCAGAUGGGAAAGGAGAGACCAUCUGGGAUCGAUUUGGUCAUGAAGGCCAAGCCUUUAAUGAUCAGACUGCUGACAGAGCUUCUGACAGUUACAGAAAGGUUGACAUAGAUGUCUACCUCCUGCGAGGGCUUGGAGUCAACUCCUACCAGUUUUCAAUCUCCUGGGCACGUGUUUUCCCCUCAGGUCACAGAGAGAGCCAGUCUAAUGAAGGGGUUCGCUACUAUGACAAUCUGAUCGAUGCUCUUAUUGAAUCUGGCAUACAGCCCGUUGUUACUCUCUACCAUUGGGAUCUGCCUCAGGCUCUCCAAGACAAUGGUGGGUGGACCAACCCUUCCAUCAUUGGAGCUUUCAAGGACUAUGCCGACUUCUGCUUCAGUAGAUUUGGAAGCAGAGUCAAGAACUGGAACACAUUCAGUAGCCCCUGGGUGGUGAGCCAUGCUGGGUAUGGCACUGGUGAACAUGCUCCUGGAGUAAAAGACUAUGUGACUGCUUCCUAUCAGGUCACUCAUAAUAUGCUGAAAUCUCAUGCAGAAGCAUGGCAUGUUUACAAUGACUAUUACAGAAAGACACAGGGAGGGAAAGUGGGCAUUGCAUUAAACUCUGACUGGGCACAACCCACUGAUGCCACCAAACCUGAAGACGUGGCAGCUGCAGAGCGCUACCUCCAGUUUAUGCUAGGCUGGUUUGCUCAUCCCAUAUUCAUAGAUGGAGACUAUCCUGCAGUUCUCAAAACUCAGAUUGAAAAGAAAAGAAAUGAGUGUCCCGGAUCUGUGCCAGCAGUACUACCAGCUUUCACGGCUGAAGAGAAGGCUAGGAUAAAGGGAACAUCUGACUUUUUUGGUUUAAAUCAUUAUACUUCCCGUUUGGUUAGCAGCAGUGUUGGUGGGUGCAACCCUGGUCCUGAUGGAGUUGGAGACUUCCAGGCAAAAGUGGACCCCUCAUGGCCGGCUACAGCAUCAGACUGGAUCUACUCAGUGCCUUCAGGACUAAGAUCACUUCUGAACUACAUUAAAGCAGAAUAUUUAAAAGCUAACAAUGUGCCCAUUUACAUAACUGGGAAUGGCAUGCCGACCGAAUACAGUGGGGACACCCUCAAUGACACCAGCAGAAUAGAGUACAUGAAGGGUUACAUCAAUGAAGCCUUGAAAGCAAUUGAUCAAGAUGGAAUAGACGUUCAGCGAUUCACAGUACAGUCACUCAUGGAUGGAUUUGAGGGAAACCAAGGCUACAGUGAAAGAUUUGGUCUUCACCAUGUUAACUUUGAAGAUGGAUACAGACCGAGAACACCAAAACAAUCGGCCUAUUUUUUCGCUCAGAUCAUCGAGCAAAAUGGUUUUGCUUCACGUAAACAAGAUAAUUUUGAAGGUUUGAAAUUACCACAAGUGCGCCGUUCCACCCCACUGCCACCCUCAGAGGUUCCAUCAGCAUCAAAGGUUGUCUGGGAAAAAUUUACGCCACAGAAAAAAUUCGAUAGACAAAUGUAUCACUAUGGCCAAUUCCCACUAGAUUUCUCCUGGGGAGUUUCAUCUUCAGCUUACCAGAUUGAGGGUGGAUGGAAUCAAGAUGGGAAGGGACCCAGUGUGUGGGAUACAUUCACUCAGAAGCCGGGUAGUGGUAUUCCUGAAGAUGGUAUUGGCAAUGUUGCCUGCGACAGUUACAAUAGACUUGAUGAAGACCUCUACAUGCUGCGAGCAAUGAAGGUAAAGUCAUACAGAUUUUCUUUGUCUUGGUCCAGAAUCUUUCCCAAUGGUCGGCGUGAAUCCCUGAACCAGAAGGGUGUGGACUAUUAUAGCAGACUUAUUGAUGGCCUCUUGGCACAUGACAUCACCCCGAUGGUCACAAUUUAUCAUUGGGACCUCCCACAAGCUCUACAAGACAUCGGUGGCUGGCAGACUGCGGAGAUGAUUGACAUUUUUAAUGAUUAUUGUGACUUCUGCUUCGCCACCUUUGGCAACAGAGUAAAAUUCUGGAUGACCAUGAAUGACCCUCAGGGGCUUGCAUGGCUAGGAUAUGGACUAGGACAGAUCCCACCAAACAUUAAAGAACCAGGAACAGCACCAUACCAAGUUGCACACAACCUUAUAAAAGCUCAUGCCAAGGCAUACCACACAUAUGACGACAAGUAUCGUCUUUCUCAAGGAGGCCUAGUAUCAAUUGCCCUCAAUGCUGAAUGGGUUGAACCUAAAGAUAUCAAUGUCCCUCGUGAAAUUGUUGCUGCUGACCGUGCAAUGCAGUUCCUGGUGGGUUGGUUCGCCCAUCCAAUUUUCAAGAACGGGGACUAUCCAGAGGCCAUGAAAGCCCAAGUUUUAGUCAAAAGUGAACUCCAAGGUCUUCCACAGUCAAGACUCCCUUCUUUCACAGAGGAGGAAAAGAACUUUAUUAAAGGAACUGCUGACAUAUUCUGUGUAAAUCACUACACCACUAGAAUAGUGAGCCAUGUUACAGGUGCAAUUACUCCACAGUCCUAUCUAAAUGACUGGGACUUUGUAGAAGAGGAGAUAGUGGAUCAACCGACUACACCAAUCCAUUUGACAAGAGCUGUAUCAUUUGGCAUAAGAAGGGUUCUCAACUGGAUCAAGGAAGAAUAUGGAGAUCCAGAUAUUUACAUCACUGAAAGUUCAAUUUCUAGUACCAGGGACUUCACUUGGGACGAUGUUGAUAGAGUCUUUUUUUAUAAAACCUACAUUGAUGAGGCUCUAAAAGCAUAUGAACUAGAUGGAGUCAAGGUGAAAGGCUACGCAACAUAUCUCAUGGAUUCCUUUCAGUUCUUUUAUGGCUACAUCUUUGGGUUUGGGCUGCACCACAUAGACUUCACCAGCCCCCACCGACCAAGAUCUCCCAAGUUUUCAGCUCAUGUCUACUACAAUAUUAUGAAGGAUAAUGGUUUCCCAUUAACAGAAGAUGAAAAGAUGUUAUAUGGAGAGUUCAAAAAGGAUUUCAUAUGGAGUAGUGCAACAGCAUCAUACCAGAUUGAAGGGGCAUGGAGAGCAGAUGGAAAAGGUCUCAGCAUCUGGGACAAGUUCACACAUACUCCCGGAAAAAUAUUUGAGCAUGACACUGGAGACAUUGCCUGUAACAGUUACAAUAAGAUGGAAGAUGACAUUGCUGCACUGAAGAAAGUUAAGGUGUCUCACUAUCGCUUCUCCAUAUCCUGGCCAAGGGUGCUACCUGAUGGUACUACCAAAUACAUUAAUCAGGCUGGUCUCAAUUACUAUCAGAAACUGUUGGACACCCUUAUUGCUGCAAACAUUGAGCCUCAAGUCACUUUGUACCACUGGGAUCUCCCACAAGCUCUACAGGAUGUUGGAGGUUGGGAAAAUGAGACCAUCAUUGAAAGAUUCAAGGAUUACGCAGAUGUCCUCUUUAAGAAUCUUGGUCCCAAAGUGAAACUUUGGAUUACUUUCAAUGAGCCGUACAUAAUAACAGUAUUAGGCCAUGUCCAAGGAGCACAUGCCCCAGGUUUUAAUGACCGACCAGAUACUCUGCCAUACAUCGUGAGUCACAACAUAAUCAAAGCCCAUGCAGAGGCCUGGCAUGUCUACAAUGACAAAUAUCGAGCCUCACAGAACGGAAUGGUCGCCAUCACAGUAAACUCGGACUGGGCAGAGCCAAGAAACCCUUACAAGCAAGAGGACUAUGAAGCUGCACGAAAUGUGGUUGAGUUUUAUCUUGGCUUGUUUGCUCAUCCCAUUUUUAAUGGUGACUACAGCCCACUGGUGAAGAAAUCUGUUCUAGAGCAAAGUCUUGCAGGUGGUUUGCCAAAAUCCAGGCUGCCUGAGUUUACGCCUGAGGAAAUUAAGCGAAUUAACGGCACAUAUGACUAUUUUGGAUUAAACCAUUACUGCAGUGUCUUGGCAUUCCCUGUAGACUUUGGGGAUACUCAGCACUUUGAGGCAGACAGGGGUGUGGUGGUUAUUAGUGAUCGUACCUGGUUGGAAACAGGUUCCAGCUGGCUAAGGAUGACACCAUUUGGCCUGCGCAGAUUGUUGAAAUUCAUUAAGGAUGAGUACAGAAAUCCACCCAUAAUCAUCACUGAGAAUGGCGUCUCUGAAAAUGGACCAGUUGAUCUGAAUGAUGUUCACAGGAUAUACUUUUAUGAAAAGUACAUCAACCAAGUGCUGAAAGCUUAUUUGCUUGAUGAGGUGAAUAUGAUUGGCUACACUGCUUGGUCGCUGCUGGACAACCUGGAAUGGGCUGUUGGCUAUACGGAGAGAUUUGGACUUUUCUACGUCAAUCGCACAGACCCCGAUCUGCCUCGAACUCCCAAAGCCUCCGUGUCCUUUUACUCUUCUCUCAUCAGCUGUAACGGGUUUCCUGACCCAGCAUCUGGACCUCACGAGUGUUGGAACCCUAAGUCUGAGCCUGAAGCAAAAAAAGAGCCGAUCCCAGCAAUCAACAAUGAGAGAUUUCAGGGUGUGAAGCUCUCUGAGAAAACGGAAGAAAAGAAAACUGAGAAUGUAGAGUUAGAGAGGAAAUUCUGAUUGCAGCUUCCCUUACAUCUUUAAUGCAGACACAAACAUGUCAACUUCAUAUUUAAAUUUAAAGGAAGUAGACAGAGACUGCUAACAGUAUGUUAUGGUUGUACUAUAUUUGAAAAUAUAAAUGUAAUAUGUAAUAAUUGUAUAUAAACAGAGAGAAAAGCUUAAUGCUUGCUGGGAGGUUUCUGGGUAUGAUUUUCAUCAUUUGAGAUGCCGAGACCAGACCCAGUUUACAUUUGCAGUGCUGUUUGUGCUACUUGAACAACUUUUGUGCUUCUUUGAAAUGAAAUGUUCUUGCAGAAAAAUAUUAAGCUGACUCAAGUCAAUAACUGAUUAAAUCAAAAUAUUUUUUUUAAUGAUACAUGUUGGUCCUGUGUAAAGCUUUAUACUGGCUCUACCUGUUAUCAUGGUGAAAUGUUAUUGUAUCUACUAGAUUAAAGUAAUUCAUGACUUGUGAAAUAUUUACCAUCAUAUUACGAUCAGUGUUUUACUUCCUAAAAAGACAACUUUUUAAUUCAUUGUCAUUGUAACUUAUUAUUAAGAACCAUAUUGCCAAUCUUUGUGAGACAUAUACUGAAAUUGAU